AUGGCUUCUAACAAAUCGAGGAUAUUAGUUUUGAUGAAUUUGAAAAGAUUUCUGAGUUCUUUCAGGAGUGUUCAUCGAAUCGCUAUCAUUGGAGCUGGACCAGGUGGAUUUUAUGCUGCGCAACAAAUUUGUAAGGCAAAAAAUAUUCCAAGCGUCGAAGUGGAUAUUUUUGAAAAGUUCCCUGUUCCGUUUGGUUUGGUGAGGUAUGGCGUGGCACCUGAUCAUCCAGAAGUUAAAAAUGUCACCAACACUUUUACUAAGAUAGUUGAAAGCCUGAACGUGAAUUUUUAUGGAAAUAUGGUUUUUGGUAAAAACUUGUCACUAAAAGAUUUAAAGAAAUGUUAUUCGGGCGUUAUUCUGUCAUAUGGAUCAUCGAUAGACAAGCACUUCAACAUACCUGGCGAGAAAUUAAAUGGCGUCCUUCCAGCCAGUGAUUUCGUCAACUGGUACAAUGGCACUCCUGGGUACCGAAAUGUAAAUAUGAAUUUCAAUGCUGAUUCAUGUGUGAUACUCGGUCAGGGCAAUGUAGCCAUAGAUGUAGCCAGAAUCCUUCUAUCACCAAUUAGUGCUUUAGAGAAAACAGAUAUUGCAAAUUAUGCUCUUGAAAAGCUAUCUGAAAGUAAAAUAAAAGUUGUAUACCUGGUUGGUCGCAGAGGGCCCAUACAAGCAUCUUUCACAGUUUCAGAGUUCAGAGAAAUUUCAAAAUUGUCGAAUUGCCGUCUGCUUUUAAAUAAAAGUGAUUUUGCAUACAUAAGAGAAAAUGCCCAAAGUAUACCCACCUCUAAAAAAAGACUUGUUGAAUUUCAAAUCAAGAAAGUUUCAGAAGACGAAAAUGUCGAGCGCACUGGAAAUAUUACUAAAGGAUUGCACAUCCUUUUUAAGAGAAGUCCACUGAAAUUUGUUAAUGAUGUGCGAGAUCCAACAUCCGUCGCAUCCGUUUUAUUUUCUGUCAACAUGCUGCCGGUCAUAAAAAGUAUUGGCUACAAAAGUCAACAACUGGACCCUGAAGUACCGUUUGAUGAGGAGAGAGGUCUUGUUCCUAAUCAUCUUGGGAGAGUACUCGGCAAGAAGGGUCUGUAUUGCAGUGGCUGGUUGAAGACAGGCCCGGUCGGCGUGUUAGUUAGCACGAUGAACAGUGCUUUUGAAACAGGGAAAUCGGUCGUUGAAGAUAUUAAAUCAGCCAGCGAUGCCUUAUUCGCCGAAAAAGGUCUUGUGACGUUUGAUGACUGGAAGAUAUUAAACGAGAUUGAAAUCAAACGUGGCCUUGAAAGAGGAAAAUCACGUGAAAAAUUGACGGAAAUCGCAGAAAUGCUACAAACAUUAAAUAAAAAGUCGCACGACUAA